AUGGCACCCAGACCCAAAACAACAAUUUGUGGAUCACACAAAGUGUUGUUCAGUGCGAGAAUCGAACCCGGGACCCCUUACCCGGCAGCCAGUUGCCCAACGACCGCGCCAACCGUGCAGUCAUUUUACUGAAUAUUAUUUCAAAUUCAUAAAAGUAUCUCUUAUACUUUAGCAGUAUAAUUUUUUUAAGAUACAACAAUACUUAUUGUAGAUAAACAACAUAAAUAUAAUGUUGUACAUUGAAAAUAUUAUUGUUCCAAACACAAACUAACAAAAUUACAAUAUACCGUCAUUUUCAUGAAACAUG